UGCUUUACGCAAUCUUUCACGUUUAGAAACGACGUCGUUCUGUGAGGGAAUCUGGCGCUUCCUUUUUUUGCUUCUCUAGAAAUCUCCCCUGUUCGUCCCUCGUCUGGCCGUAGUCACUGGAGGCUCGAGGAUGGCUUGCUUACACGAUCACAGUUGCGAAGAUCACGAUUGUUCUUCUGAUUGGUCUCUUUACAAGCACAUAGAUCUCCCCAGAGUUUCUGCUUUGAAUGAGGCAACUCCAGGAAGCGUGAAAUCUGUAUUCAAAGCUUGGGAGGAUCGGUUAAAUUCCUCUGGGGAUCACUUGGAAAGCAAUGAGGGUGAUCCUGAACUACUAGUUUUCAUUCCAUUUACGUCAGACGUUAAGAUCAAAAGCAUAUCUAUCAUUGGUGGUUCAGAUGGUACGAGUCCUUCGAAGAUGCGGGUAUUUAUCAACCGAGAAGGUAUUGACUUCUCUGAUGCUCAAAGUAUGCAAGCUGUUCAGGAGUGGGAUUUGGUUGAGAAUUUUCAAGGAGUAUUAGAGUACCAGACAAGAUAUUCCAAAUUUCAAAGUGUGGCAAAUAUCACUUUGCACUUUCCUGACAGUUAUGGUGGUGACAUGACUCAGAUACACUAUAUUGGGUUGAAAGGUGAAGCUACACAGCUAAAGAGAGAUGUUGUUGCAACAAUUGUUUAUGAAAUCACCCCAAAUCCUUCUGAUCACAAGACUCAAGCUGAAGGUGGCGCCGGGUUUUCACAUGUCGAAUGAAGAAACAUUUGCUAUUCACCUGCCUUUCAGAAACAUUCCCUCCGUAUAUAUUAUCUCUACUGGAUGCUGAAUCUUAACUAUUUUGAUUUGCAUUUCUGCUUUUGUUUUUGUUUAGUGAGUGGAGAAUCACACAGGGACUUGGAAAGAGAGACAUAUUGAUGUUGAUCGGACCUUGACCAAGCAAUGUUGAACUGUUGAGACAAGUUUCAAAUCUGUCCACUGUUCAAAACAAAGCUUACGGGUUUAAGUUUACAAAAUUUAUGACUCAGUUUUCGACUUUCUUUUUU